CUUAAGCGGUCUUGCUUGCCUUGAGUCGCUGCGCUCGCUCUCGCUUGAACGUCGCCACGUUCACAGCGACUUGGGCCUCAAUGCGAGCCUGCAUCUCCCGGCGGUACCCAAACACCCACAGCACUUCCAGGAGCACGAACAGCGGGGCGGUGAUGAUGGCUUGAUCCCACGCAUCGAGAAGGGCGGGGGCUCGCUUUUCAAAUACGCCAUGGCCGAUGAAUUGGAUAAUCCAUGCCGUUACGUGGAUUCCCAGGGCAAGGCGCCACGGUGACUCGCCAGUUGCGGCAACGGCGUCGGCAAUGACAACAUUCGACCACACGUACAUGGAAACAAUGAGAGCGGCUGCAAGGGUGCCGGCAUAUGGAUCCAGCACGAUGUACCACAAGACGUAAAUCAAAACCCCGACGAGAGCAGCAUUGGCGACUACAUAUGGGUGGAGCGCCUGUGCGACGUCGACGAACGGAGCCGUGGUGCAGAGAAGGAAGAUGGCAGAGAGAAGGAUGGGCCAGAUGCAUAGGAGAUGGAGGGUUUUGUUGGUCGGGUCGCUGUGAGGACCGGUUAACGUGAACACCUCCAAAGGAUUGGACAACCCGGAAUUGCAACCCAAUCGGCAGUAUCAGCAUGGACAGCCGCCUCGAGAACUUGGACAAUGCGCUGGGAGCUGUGGAAGAGUACUUGGACGUGCUGACCACCAAGCCCGUUGACGAACUGACGACGGAGUUGGCUCCCAUCGACAAGGCAAAGGUCCAAGUCGGUCUAGCGUAUUCGAUCAACGCCCUGCUAUACGUGCUUUUGAAAGUCCAAGGAGUGUCGUCCAAGGACGGGCGGCAGACACAAGUCAAGCAGGAACUGGAUCGUGUCAAGGGUUACAUUCAAAAGAUCAAGUACUCGGAAGAGAUGGCCAAAGGCCGCCAGAUCCGCGUGGACGCCGAAGCCGCCGGGCGGUUCAUCAACCAUGCGUUGUCUUCGGAUCAAGUGUAUGCUGAAGCUGCCGCCGCCACGACCGACGUCAAAGCUGCCGACUCGGCCAAGAAGCCUCCUUCAACGAAGAAGAACAAGGCAUCUAGCACUGCCGCCAAGUCCACAACAGACACCCCACCCAAGAAACGGGCUCGGAAGUAGUAACCGAUCGAUUGGAUAUCUAUACUAGAGUUUACGGGUAGUUGUACAAACACUUGAUGUCCUGAG